AUGGCACCAGCAGCCGUAGCUUCGGCUAAUCCAACAGCUCAACGUAGGGCCAACGGAGGAGCACCUGAUGAAGAAGAAAAGGCCAAUGAAUUUCCUCGUGUGAUCCUGAGGAACAGGUUGACUGCUCGGGCUGAUGGUGGCAGGUUUUGUCGGAUGGUCGAGCUGGGACUUCUUCAGGCUUAUGGAGUUGAAACCCAGGCUGUGGACAGUGGCAUGGCUGCUGUUGAGAUCAUUGCCUCUGAGGCAAACUUCAACCUCAUUGUCAUUGACAUGGUUCUUCCUGUCCUGAAUGGCCUUGUGACCACAAGGCAGAUUCGUGCCAUGGGCGUGCGGUGCAAGAUGCUGGGUGUCACUGCUCACUUUUAUGAGAGAGAGAGGCAGGCAUUUCUGGCUGCUGGAGUUGAUGAGUUCAUUGAGAAACCCCUCACUCCAGACAUUUUGGUGCCUAUCCUGAGGGAACUCGAUGGCCAGUGAGGAGCACAGAAUCCUGCGCAUCAGAGGACUUCAUCUACCCAAUAAAAUCCUAGCUUUAAUUUGAUGUUUUGGGCUGUUUGCUUUCCAAAUGUUUUCUAUUGUCUAGUAGUUUAAUAUCAAACAUCGGCUAUAGCUUUGGUACUGCCAUGAAUAAGAAAGUCCGCUGA